GUUUGCGGGGCGGGCUUCGGGAGGAUGGAGUAUUGAGGCGGUCUGGGCGGCUGCCGGCAGCGCCAUGGAGACCGUGCAGCUGAGGAACCCGCCGCGCAGGCAGCUGAAAAAGUUGGAUGAAGAUAGUUUAACUAAACAACCAGAAGAAGUGUUUGAUGUCUUAGAGAAACUUGGAGAAGGGUCUUACGGCAGUGUGUACAAGGCUAUUCAUAAAGAGACUGGCCAGAUUGUUGCUAUCAAGCAAGUGCCUGUGGAGUCGGACCUGCAGGAGAUAAUCAAAGAGAUCUCCAUAAUGCAGCAGUGUGACAGCCCUCAUGUAGUCAAAUAUUAUGGCAGCUACUUUAAGAACACAGACCUGUGGAUCGUUAUGGAGUACUGUGGGGCUGGCUCUGUAUCGGAUAUCAUUCGGUUACGAAACAAGACGUUAACAGAAGAGGAAAUAGCUACAAUAUUACAAUCAACUCUUAAAGGACUGGAAUACCUUCAUUUUAUGAGAAAAAUACACCGAGAUAUCAAGGCAGGAAAUAUUUUGCUCAAUACAGAAGGGCACGCAAAGCUUGCAGAUUUUGGAGUCGCAGGUCAACUUACAGAUACCAUGGCAAAGAGGAAUACAGUGAUAGGAACACCAUUUUGGAUGGCUCCUGAAGUUAUUCAGGAAAUUGGGUACAACUGCGUAGCAGACAUCUGGUCUCUGGGAAUAACCGCCAUAGAAAUGGCCGAAGGAAAGCCCCCAUAUGCUGAUAUCCAUCCAAUGCGGGCAAUAUUCAUGAUUCCUACAAACCCUCCUCCCACAUUCCGUAAGCCCGAGCUGUGGUCAGACAACUUCAUGGAUUUUGUGAAGCAGUGUCUGGUAAAAAGCCCUGAGCAGAGAGCCACAGCCACUCAGCUCCUACAGCAUCCAUUUGUCAAGAGUGCCAAAGGAGUGUCGAUACUGCGAGACCUAAUUAACGAAGCCAUGGACGUGAAACUGAAGCGCCAGGAAGCCCAGCAGCGGGAGGUGGACCAGGACGAUGAUGAAAACUCAGAGGAGGAUGAGAUGGAUUCUGGCACAAUGGUUCGAGCCUCUGGUGAUGAGAUGGGCACCGUGCGAGUAGCCAGUACAAUGAGUGAUGGAGCCAAUACUAUGAUUGAGCACAGCGACACGUUGCCGUCACAGCUGGGCACCAUGGUGAUCAACACGGAGGACGAGGAAGAGGAAGGAACUAUGAAAAGAAGAGAUGAGACCAUGCAGCCUGCAAAACCAUCUUUCCUUGAAUACUUUGAACAAAAAGAAAAGGAAAACCAGAUCAACAGCUUUGGCAAGAGUGUAUCCGGCUCUCUGAAAAAUUCUUCAGAUUGGAAAAUACCACAGGAUGGAGACUAUGAGUUUCUUAAGAGUUGGACUGUGGAGGACCUUCAGAAGAGGCUCUUGGCCCUUGACCCCAUGAUGGAACAGGAGAUGGAAGAGAUCCGGCAGAAGUACCGGUCCAAGCGGCAGCCCAUCCUGGAUGCCAUUGAAGCCAAGAAGAGGAGGCAACAGAAUUUCUGACGGCACCAGCCCAGGCCUUUGGUGGCUUCUGGGUCGUGGGUCUGUUAGCCAGCUCUUCUGCUCUGUCUUCUCUCCACAGCACCUUUGUGAACUCAGGAAUGUGCGCCAGUGGGAAGGGCUCCCUUGACAGGCGUGUGUGUACCAUCCAGUGUGUGUCUGUACACGGGCAGAUUGAAGGGUUUGGAUUGGCGCUUUUAACUCAGAAUUUUAGACCCCAGGAACAGAGACUCCUAGUUGAGUGAUAGCUGGGAUAAUUUUACAUGGUCUUUUUUUUUUCUUUCUUGUAAUAGUUUUUGGUUGCUCUCUCUGGAAGACUUUUUAAAAAAAUAUAUAAAUAUGCAUAUAUAUAUAUAUAAAUUAUAAAUAGAUUCCCCACUCUGUGGUGGUGUCUCUGUACAGGUACAGUUUCAGACACUCUGCCUCUUUCCUGUGAGAUUAUGGUACUGUGGAGUAAGAGAGCAGAGGACAGAGAGGCUCUUAGGUGGUCACCGAAUCCCAGGAGUCAGCCUCACCCACUGCAAGGCUUCAUGGAAAAAUUAGUCUUGGGAUGGUCGUGCCACCACAGUGAUGAACCUCAUAGGGUCAUCCCUGGCCUCAGAAGCUGCUGGUGACGCCAGGGGAAGGCCUGGAGAACUUGAGUUUGCUCCUUGAGUCCUAGAAGCCUGGCACCCUCUUUGCAAAUUAGCCUUUGCUGUUUCAACACCUUUCAUCCAUCCCCGCUCUCCCAGCUGCCUAAAGUCACAUCCCAGAUACUGCCCAGUGCCUUAAGAGGGGACACGAUCUGCUGAAAGGACAGGUCUACCAAGAACUCUGCAGCCAACGGGACUGUGUCCAGUCCAGAAAAACAAAAGGGGUUUUGAAGGCCUCACUGUUCGUGUGAAAAUCACAUGUGGCAUUUUGCUCUGCAUUUCUUACAUACAGGGUAAAGGGGCUUGCUUUUGUGGUCCACAUUCAAUUUAUGUGAUUGUUUUAUUCUUUUCAUUCACUGUGGAGGGUCUGGCAAGGGUCUGAGACUCGCUCAUAGGAGGCUUAGUGGUCCGCAGCGUGCCGGAGCUGGGAGGGACCGUAGCAGUCGUGGGUCUGACGGUGUGCUGUGUGGGUGGGAAAAUGAGAGGAGAGGUACCAUUGCCAACGUCACAGAUGGAGUCCGAGUCAGAGCAGGGACCGGAACUAGGGCUCCUCCCCUGAGCCGCUGAACCAAGAGCUCUUCACUGAGAGAACAAAACUACCGCUGUUCAUCAAGUUGUCCCAGGACUCCUGCUCUUGCCUUGCCUCUUUGGUCCUUGAGCUGCUAUGGAAGGGCCCCCCAGAGGAGCCAUGUCAGUCUCGGCAUACCGGUGGGUUCCGUGCAGUGUCUCCCAGAUCCAGACAAGCACUCACAGAAGGCCUGCAGCAGAGUAGAGGGCUUUGCAAAAGACAGUUACUGAGUUAUGCCCUGCACCUUUGGCUCCAAACUGCAGUCUGAAGAAACUGGGAAAGACAGUUGCCCUUUUAUUUUCUUCUUAUCUCUUCUCUCUGAUGGGAGCCAUGAUUGGGUUGCACCUGUGGAUACUGAAAUUCAACUCCCAUAAUUGCUUUUGCUCCCUAACCUGAGAGUCGAUAAAAAGGAAGGGGAUGUUCUCCUCUGUGACCAGAUUCUGUUCUUUGCAGUUAAAGCAAGCUUUAAAAAAUGCAAGAGGCAGCUGGUCUGCAGGACUUGGCUAGCAAAGGAACUAUGUAGCCGAGAGAAUUAGAGGACAAUUUGCAGAUCUUGCUGGAAUGAUACAUGGCAACUAGCAUUCCCUGGGUAGCACAUGUCAGACACUGAACUAGGUGCGCGACAGGUUUCACAGGAAUCCUAUGGGCUCAUUGAGUUAUUUCUCAUACAAUGAAAUUGAAUUUGAAAGAUUUCCUUCCCACGACACUGGAUCUGGAUCCAUGGCAUCACUCUGUGGGGCUAGUCACAAAAACCAGAAACUCCUCAAUGCUUAGAAUGAAGUGACCGUGGCUUCUCACGAAGACUACGUUUAAGUGCUUUGUUUUGUUUUUUGUUGUUGUUGUUGUUUUAAGGUUAAAAACCAGCUGAAUUAAUAGUCACAUCCCCCAGUCAAGUAAGUUUUUAAAAACCCAGAGCACUGAGCUUGCAUAAUGUUUGCUACUUAAUAGCCCAUCCUCGGAGCUCUUUCCUCUCGAAGAAAAGUGCUUUGGGCUUGGCCAGGCAGAAGGAGAAAGCCCAUGGCUCCCUUCUGAAGCAAGAUCCAAGCACAGGAAAAUAGGUUUUCCUGUGACUGUUCUACAGCCGUGAACCUAGAUCUGGAGUUUAUUUGGUUUCAAGCAUCUCUCUAUCAGCAGUCCAGCUGAACAGAGCCUUUUGCCAGAAGUCAGUUGUUUUGGAUCAACGAAAUUUCCUGGCAGGGUGUAUGUGUUGUCCAGUGACAGGCAGGGGAGCAAGCCAUGCUUUCCUCGAGGACCAAAUCCCAGGAAUCGCAUCUUGAUUCCCUGGAGCUUGAGCGUUUGUGACUCAGGCUGACAGGACUCUGGGCUCUCUACUUGCAAGAAGCCAUGACCCACACCUAACUUUUCUUUUCAAAAAGCAAACAAACAAAACCUCGUAGUCUCUAAAAAUGUUCUAGUUGUGGUUCCAUUCAUAAAUUUGAAGCACAUUUCUAUUUUUAAUAUUUCUCAUGUAUUUUUUUUCUUCAUCCCCAAUUAAUUGGACGAGAAUUUGACUGGCUAGAAGUGGGAAGGUUGCUGGGUUAGUGGAUAGAUGGAAGUGGUAAUCUGAAGCCUCAGGCAUUGAGUCUUGAGUCUUUGACACUGUAGAGUAACACCUGGCAGAUGCAAGAAAUUUAUUUUACCAUUUAAAACUCAAUAGCCCCAUCUAAUAUCAGGAAUGAGAGAGAUCACAUCACUCUAGACCCUGCCGAUGCUCAGAGACUAAUAGCAGAAUAUUAUGAACAGCUGCAUGCUAGUAAAUUCACCAGCUUAAGUGAAAUGGACAGAUAACCUGGAAAGUUAGGAAGACAUGGGCAAUCUGAACAGCCCCCUUUCUACCAAAACUUGAUAGCUCUGAGAGAUACGGGUGUCUCUCCAUUCUGUGGACCAGGAAACUGAGGCCCUGGUAAUGCCUGUUCCUCAGGGUCAUGCCAGCAGAGUGUAGCAGAGUCCAGUUCUUAUGCCACUGUCCUUCCCAGCAUCCUGUGCGGCCUCUAAAGAUGGCAGUUCUUUAGUUUGGGGAAGUUGCUCCUGCCCAGAACACACCCCUCACCCUCCUCCCCCUUCUUCUGAGCCCUGUGUUUGUAUUUUUAUUAGGAUUACAGUCAUCAUCUUUGGAAUCCAUGUUCUUUGGGUUUAGGAGGAGGUCUCUUCCACCAGCCUGCACUCAGACCAACUUGGAGAAAAAAAAAAUCUUAAAUGCUGUUGCUGAUUGUACAAUUUAAAAAAUGUGAAGUUUGUAGCUUUAAUGUUUUGUAAUGAAAACUAAUAACACUGGCUUAAGUGCUGACUUGAAAUGCUAUUUUGUAAGGUUUGGAUGUAAAUAAUCAAGGUCAGCGGUUUGUAUAUGUGUGAGACAUAACUUCUUCCACUGCCGUUGGUUUUUAACUUGAGGUACUUGCUGUCUGCUUUUGUGUUAGAGUUGUCCCCCUCAUUUCUCCCCCAGCACCUGUCACCAUUGUUUUAAAUAAACUGUCCUUUAGACCACA